AUCGCUAGUGAACUCGACACAAAAAAUAAUACAACUAUUACUGUAGAAAUCGAAAGAAUCCUUACUGAUGUCUAUAAAAAACUUACUGCAGAAAUUAAUACUAAAAUUACCAACGAGCUUUCCACAUGCCUUUCUGAAAUUAAUACUGAACUUAAUGAUAACUUACUGCCGAAAUCAAAAAAAUCAAUUCACAUGAUGCUGGCUAUGCCUCUGAGAAUUAAUAAUAUUGAGGAAGCAUGCUAUAAUAAUUUUGCCUUAGUUAAUGCUUCUAUUGAAGCUCUCCAAAAUGGAUUAAUUCAACAUUACGUAAUUACCAGAAGAAAUCAGCCAAUCGAUGCCAACCAACAAAGUGUAUCUAAUCAUUCUGAAGCAUCAAAUCGAUUUCAUAUAAGCUCAUCCAGAACACCAUCAAUACUUGGGGAACCUGAGGAAUGGUACAAACGACAGAAAACUAAUGCUGUUGAUGCUAUUUCUUCUAGUUCCAUACCUGUUAGCUUGCUUUGUUCGGUUUUUAGAAAAUUUAAGGAUUUAUAUGAUGAGCUUUCAGAAAGCGAAGAUAAUCUUUUCGCUUAUGAUUUUUGUAUUGAAAUGGCAAAACAUUAUAAUUACGAAUCGGUGCAUAAUUGUCGUACUGAUGGUACUGUAUAUUAUGGUGAUGGCCCUAACGCAUAUCGUGAGGUUAAUGUGGAAUACAAGAAGCAUAACUGUAGCUCCGAAGCCUGUCCCUACCUUGAAAAUUGUGGAUAUUAUUUAACUUUUUGUGCGGAAAAAGAAGAACAUUCCUCCUACCAUGUGCCUAAUUUUCCAUGCUUUUUGAUUGUAAUUUCUGGUAUAGUAAUAAAUUUAGUUGAUAUGUCUUUGUCAGAAUUUGCGACUAACUUUACUUUUUUAGGACCUUACUUUUUUGUUUCCGGUGCUGUGUUUGCAGAUGUUGCUAUAGUUGACCCACUAACUCCAGUCUUUCCUCUUAUGUGGCAAAAAUAUGACAAAGCGAUGAUGGUAUCAAUUGCCAAAACAUUUCGUGCUUUGAAGAUAUCUCUCCGACUUCUCGAUCAAUAUUAUGCUAAUGUUGAUGAAUUGAUUCAAGACGAACCUCAAACUGUCCAUCCCAUGCAUCCUUCAUUUCCGGAAGUGAUUAUAGACAAUAAAUCUUACAUGGUUCAAAUUGAUUCCCAAGUUAGCACAAAUCUUCUUUGGGAAGUUACACUUUUAAAUGAACAGGGGCCUCAUCUUACAGCCUACGUGAAAGCUGUUAAAAAAGAUCGAUAUUCACUUGAUACACAUAAGCUCUUAGCUGAAGUUGGAUACGCUCCAGAAGUCUAUACUACUUCAAUAAUUCCCGGAAAUUGGAUUUUAGUUUAUAUGGAAUACCUGAAUAAUCAUUCAAUAUUAAAUAACAUUAUCUCUAACCUUGACGAUCAAAAACGAAAUUCACUGAGAAAAAAAAUAAAAGGGAUAGUCGAAUAUUUGCAUAAUUUAGGAUACAUUCAUAGAGACUUGCGUGAAGGGAAUAUUCUGGUUUAUCAACUUGAAGGUAAUGAAUUUGAUGUGAAGUUGAUCGAUUUUGAAUGGUCUGGAAAGGUUGGUUCUGCAUGUUAUUCUCCUUUUAUGAAUCGUAAAACUAUUCAAUGGCCUGAUGGUGCGGAAGAUUGGAAAUUGGUUACAAAAAACCACGAUCUUUUUAU